AUGGAGACAGCUCUCAAGUCGUGGGAGCUCGACAACAACGUCAAGUUGGUCGACCCCAAACGCGACGCCCUCUAUGACCUCGACCUCGAUGCCCAGAGAGAAGCAAUGAGCGCCCGACCCUGGGCUGCCAACCCGAAUCACUUCAAGAACGUCCGUAUCAGCGCCGUUGCCCUCAUCAAGAUGGUGAUGCAUGCCCGUUCCGGCGGCAACCUCGAGAUCAUGGGUCUGAUGCAGGGGUACGUCAAUGGUGACACCUUUAUCGUCACGGACGCUUUCCGGUUACCCGUCGAGGGAACCGAGACGCGCGUAAACGCUCAGGGCGACGCUGAGGAGUAUAUGGUUGAGUACCUGAGCCUGUGCCGCGAACAGGGCCGCAUGGAGAACGUCGUGGGAUGGUACCACUCCCACCCGGGCUACGGCUGCUGGCUGUCGGGAAUCGAUGUCAGCACGCAAGCCCUCCAGCAGCAGUUUCAGGAGCCCUUCCUUGCCGUCGUCAUUGACCCCGACCGCACCAUCAACGCCGGCAAGGUGGAGAUUGGCGCCUUCCGGACGUACCCCGAGAACUACAUCAAGGAGAAGGAGGGCAGCAGCGGGGGCGUCACGAGCGACGGUUGGCAGGAGGUGCCUCUGGCCAAAGCGGCAGAAUUUGGCGCGCACGCGAACAAAUACUACAGCCUAGAAGUGUCCCACUUCAAGAGCACGCUCGAAUCGCACCUGCUGGAGCUGCUGUGGCACAAGUACUGGGUGCAGACGCUGAGCCAGAGUCCGCUCAUCACGAACCGCGACUACGGCAACAAACAGAUGCUCGAUCUCGCAUCGCGUAUCAAGGAAGCCACGACGCAAGUAACACGACAGGCCCGCGGCGCCUCCGGGCCCAACGCCAUCGGUGCGGGAGGCAGGAAGGUCGAUGGGUUGAUUGAAAAACUCGUCAAGGACAGCAACACGGUGGCGACGCAGGAACGGACAGGGCUGGUAGCGAUGGAUGUCAAGAAGAAGAUCUUUAACGGCGUGAGCGCGAAUUCAUUGUGA